AUGACAAGACACACGAAAACUCAGUCAGAGCUCCUCUUGGGUCUAGUGGUUCAGCUGAGGACCUUGUCGUCCCAGCAGUUGAGAGAACUGUGGAAUGAGGCCUCCUUCAAAUGUCGAGAUGACUGGCAGCCCCUGUUAGAAACACUAUCAGGGUGUGGAAGUGAGGCUUGCAUCCUAUUCACUACAGACCUCAUACUGAAGAAAGAAGUUGACCAGGAGCAAACUUUGGCUCUCCUCAAUACUAUCAUCUUGGCCCCCUACCCCACAUCAUCUAUGAUUAACCACACCAGUGCCCUGCUGCAGAUUCCUCUUAUUGGUCCAAAAGCACUGCUGGUUGUCUCUUCACUGGUCCACAGACUGUGUCAACAAAAUCAGACCCCUUGCAAUGAGAUUACAGAAGUCCAACAGUUUGUCCAUGUUCUGAAGCAAAGACUUGAGGGAGGAUGUGUAGUGGAUGACCAGUCAGAGAUCACAGAGUUGCUACAUGUGUUGAAAGCUGUAGAGAUCGCAGGAAUGGCAAAUCUCAUUCCAUCACUGAGCCGCUGUGUACAAGAUCAUACUGUGUUGUUGGAGCUUCGGCUGGCUUCUGUACGAGCAUUCAGGAGAAUACCAUGCCAUAUGGAUAGGAAAGUCCUUGCUUGGGCAUUUCAGAGACAAGAUGAAAAUGUGGAGGUCAGAAUUGCAGCAUACCAGCAACUAAUGCACUGCCCAACACAGGACAUCUUCAGAAUUGUGAAGACAACUUUAAGCAUCGAUAAGUCCAGUCAAGUUGGGUCGUUUAUUUGGAGUCACCUGUUUAAUAUCCAGAAGACAGAAGACCCCCUGAAGAAAGAUCUGAUGGAGUCACUGCCAGAUGACAUCAUUGGUAAAGACUUUGAAGCUGAGCCGUGGAAAUAUUCCUCACACAUGGACUACACGGUGGAUACAGGAGUGGCGGCUGCAAACAUUGAGGGAGCCGUAGUUUUCUCCCCUGAAUCUUUUCUUCCACGUUAUGCUAUGGCGAAUCUAACGGUUCACAUCCUGGGCAGAGCAUUUAAUCUUUUUGAGAUCAGUUUUCGAAUGGAAAACCUCGAGAUGAUUCUGAAGAACAUGUUUGAGGAACAUCCUCUAGCAUCAACUGAUAACUCCAGACCUAAAGACUCUAUGGCGUAUGAGCAGAUGGAAAUGAACAGUGAUGAGGAGCUGGUGGACAUCUCCAGAAAAGGCUGUCAAUCAUCAGUUUUAGAUUCCAUUAGGUCUAAGUUCACAGGGCAGAGGAAAAGAGACAAAGCAUUCAGAUGCUGGAUUAAUGUGAAGAUGUUUGGCAGUGAUGGUCAAGAGAUUAAAAUCAGUCAAAGGCCAAUAGUGAUGGCAGAGGAACUGGUUUUACCGUCCCUCUCCGGAUUACCCAUAAAGCUGAGCCUCAACAUGUCCACAGUCUUCACAAUGAGACUUAAAGGCACUGCAAACUACAAGAACUGGUCACAUUUCUCAACGGCUGGUUAUGUCAAACCAAAUGCAUUCGUUGCCAUCUCUGUGAGAGCGGGAGUGGAUGGAGCAUUUGGUCGUGUGGGGUCAGAGUGGGUCACUGAACUUAAAACCUCCACCAGCUUAGAUGGAGGUGUAUAUGUGCACCAUGGCCAGAGCGUAAAGGUGGCCCUCAACACUCCAGAAGAUGUCAUGGAUAUUUUGACCUUCAGGUAG